CCCGACCCGACCCGAAACCAAAACCCUACUAAAACCUUCUCCAUCUCUCUUUCCAAUUUCCAUGGCGACUGUCUUGCUCUUCAAGACAUAACAACACCAGAAGAACCCUAAACCCAGGGGUCCUCUCCACACUGUCUUUUCUUUUUACAAAAAAGGAAAUGGGAAGAACAAGCGAAAUUGGAGGGCUAAUCUCAGCACUAGCAGCCUCCUUUUCUUUUUCUCAAUCAAAUCUUGUGUCUUUUGCUGAUGGCCCUUUUAAUUUCUCUCCUUUUUCUUCCUCAAAUCCUUCUCCUUCCCCUCCUCAAACUUCUUCUCUUUCUGACCAAUCUCAGCCGUCCGCUCUGCCUCCAUCAACGGUCGCGGGUAGUGGUGAGUCUGGUCCUAGAGCUCCUAGGAAUGAUAACCCACGAACAACGUCGUCUGGUUUUGAUCCUGAGGCUUUAGAGAGAGGUGCUAAGGCUCUGAAGGAGAUUGCCUCUUCUUCCCAUGCUAAAAAGGUCUUUGAAUCUAUAAAGACACAAGAAGCAACGAGACAGGCAGAAUUGGCUGCAAAGGCUGCAGAAUAUAAGGCAAUGCAAGCUCAGGCAGAAACUGAGAGACAAAGGGUGGUAUAUGAUGAGCAGAAGAAGCUGGCUCAGCACCAGGCGCAAACUAAAUCCCAGAUGGCUCGCUAUGAAGAUGAGCUGGCUAGGAAGAGGAUGCAGGCUGAAAAUGAAUAUCAAAGAGCAAGGAACCAAGAGCUCGUGAAACUGCAAGAAGAAUCAUCAAUAAGACUGGAGCAGGCUCGAAGAGCAACAGAAGAACAGAUUCAAGCACAGCGGCGACAAACAGAGAGGGAAAAGGCUGAGGUAGAACGUGAAACAAUUAGAGUGAGAGCUAUGGCAGAAGCAGAAGGGAGAGCCCAUGAAGCAAAGCUAGCUGAAGAUGUUAAUAGGCGAAUACUGAAGGAUCGUGCAAAUGCUGAAAUGGAGAAAUGGGUUGCUGCAAUAAACACUACCUUUGAGCACAUUGGAGGUGGUUUGCGAGCUGUUUUAACCGAUCAAAACAAGCUGGUUGUUGUUGUGGGAGGGGUCACAGCUCUUGCAGCGGGGAUUUACACAACAAGAGAAGGUGCUCGAGUGAUCUGGAGCUAUGUGGAUAGAAUAUUAGGACAACCAUCACUAAUACGAGAGUCCUCCAAGGGCAAAUACCCUUGGUCAGGAGUUUUUACCCGUUCCUUUAGAACUUUAUCAAGUGGUGCUAAUAAAGGGUCAGCUUCUAAAAAUGGAAAUGGAUUUGGUGAUGUGAUUUUACAUCCUUCUCUUCAGAAACGAAUUGAACAGCUGGCUAAUGCAACUGCCAAUACAAAAUCCCAUCAGGCUCCAUUUCGAAACAUGCUUUUCUAUGGUCCUCCAGGAACAGGGAAAACAAUGGCUGCUAGAGAGUUAGCUCAAAAAUCUGGUUUAGAUUAUGCCUUGAUGACUGGUGGAGAUGUUGCUCCUCUGGGAUCACAGGCUGUCACAAAGAUUCACCAGUUAUUUGACUGGGCCAAGAAGUCUCGGAGGGGUUUGUUGCUAUUCAUUGAUGAAGCAGAUGCAUUUCUGUGCGAGCGGAAUAAGACCUACAUGAGCGAAGCUCAACGAAGUGCACUUAAUGCCCUUCUUUUCCGCACUGGUGACCAGUCCAAGGACAUAGUCCUUGCUCUUGCCACAAACCGCCCUGGUGAUCUUGAUUCAGCUGUUGCAGACCGGAUAGAUGAAGUCCUGGAAUUUCCUUUACCUCAGACAGAGGAACGCUUCAAGCUGCUCAAGCUUUAUCUGGACAAGUAUAUAGCUCAGGCUGGAUCAAGAAAAUCUGGCUGGCUUCAGAACUUGUUCAAAAGACAACCGCAGAAGAUAGAAAUAAAGGGAUUGACCGAUGAUAUCUUAAAGGAAGCAGCAGAAAGAACAGAGGGAUUUUCUGGGAGAGAAAUUGCAAAAUUGAUGGCAAGUGUCCAAGCAGCAGUUUAUGGAAGUCAGAAUUGUGUGCUUGACUCAGCCCUCUUCAGAGAAGUGGUAGAUUAUAAAGUUGCAGAACAUCAACAAAGGAGUAAACUGGCAUCAAAAUCAGAUGAAAAAAGUGCUUAAGGUGUCUGUAUGUUGAAAUGCUUUUUUUUUUAUUGGGCAGUUCUUUUAUUCGGAUAAGGAUAAGGUACAUGAGUGACUUAGCUAACCAAAAAAGCCCACAUUUUUUGGUUCCGGGCAUCAUGUUGUUACCAUUAUUUCCCCCCCUUUCAUGGGGGAAUUUUGAAAUGUGUUAGAUUGUGAUGAUUCUUUGGUA